ACUUUCACUAAAUUGUGGUGUAGAAGUUCUUUGUUACAUUUCUAACUUGGAUUUAGAAAAAAAGUGAACAAGUGGAACCAAAACGAAUAACGUUAACUUAAACAGAAGUUAGCCUCUUUCAUUUUUGCAGCAUGUCUGCUAAUAGUCCAAGUCCGUCCAAUCACAGUUGAAGCCAUUAUGGAACAGUAAACGGACAGCAAGAAAGAAAUAGCAACCCAGAUUUGAAAACACUGGCGAACUUCAUUGUCACCAUAUCGUCUGCUUAAGAUAGUUUGUGAAGUCAGCUCAGUUUAAUUCAGAUAAACCGGUAUUGGGAGACGCCCAUUUGUGAAAAGGUUGGACGAUCCAAGCGUAAAGGACUAACCCAGAAUUCGUUGGCGAAGUUCAUGUAUCAGUCCACAGAACAAAACAAUGGCGACGAUCGCAAUCCCAAAGCAUCGCCAUUACGUUACGAUUUCGCAACUCAGAGCUCGGCAACCAUUACCGCAGCUUUACAGCGACCUGAAAGAAACCCUGAGUCCCUUUGCCGUUGUGUGCCGUGCGGUCAAUGCUUCUACACAUCAAAGGAAGCCACUGACCACUUUGAAUCUAUACAGCACCUCCGCGAGAUGCAAACCCGACAAGUUAUUGUCGCCAGUCAACCUUCAGCUGCAAUUAAAAGAUCAAUAAAGCCGUUCUGUUCAUCACCGUUUCCUAAACCGGAAGACUCUGCUGAAGAUGAAGCGAUGUUCGCGCUGAAAAUGCGGCACACAUACAUGGUAUCGUCACGGGAAAACGAAGCGCCAUUUAACGGUGGCAUCGCUGGCCAGGGAACGGGAAAAGCUAUCGAGCCCGCCAGAGACAAACGGGCGCCUCGCACGAAAAUCGAUCAGCACGUGCGCAUGAGAAAACUCCGACCAAGACAGACCCUUUGCUCGAAUUGUCAAAGCAGGUGCGAGGAUGCAUCAACUGGAGCUACAACCACAACGAGUCGGGGCUCAGCAAAAAAAAACACAGCGCCUCUUGUAUCCGUUGUUCGGGGAACUAGAGAAAGUCAUCGAGCACCUCCUCUCGAAGCUCCUCAGGGUAGCGGCGGUAAAAGCGGAGGUGAGCCUCCCCAUCCGUCUGUGCCCACACAAACUUCCCCCUCUCCAUGGACAGAGGAAACACCUCCACAGGCUGACGUCUACGGGUCCGUGGCAGAAGACCCUCUGAUUAAAGAGGAGCUCCCGAGUAGUGCUCAGAUGCCAGAGUCUGAAGAACCGGCGCGACGCCAACAACAACGACCGCUGUUACCGCCUGAUCAUGACCGGCGGGAACGGGAACGGGAACGAGAGCAAAUAACCACUGCGGCGCAACCUGUUAUGACUUCACGUAAAAAGCGAUCUUCAUUGAUAACGCUAACAUCGAAGGCAGGUGAUGAGCGGAGAACCACUCGGGCUGAGGUGAAAGCCCAGCAGCAGCAACAAAUUCAAACAGAGCAUCAUCACCUGGCUCUUCCUCAACAAAGCCCUGUGAUAAAGAUCUCGUUUAAUAACCCCCAGGGCAAAGGGACAAUUGUCAAAAUUCCUGCUAAGGUUGCAGUAGCCGACUAUGAGGAGACGACUUCAGAUGAUGAGGAAAAAGAAGAUUUUGCUGCGGUUCCUGAAGCUGGUUCAGUUACCGGUCCGUAUGCAGGUAUUUCCCAAGAAACAGAACGCUCCGCAGGAGGUAAACCUAAACGACGUAAACGUGAGACCACCGCUGAGGCAAUAGGAGAGAACAUGGAAAAUCAGCCAGCAGCUGUACAAACGUCUGUUAGGCACCAUAAGCAUAAGGCUGGAAAACACAAGAGGAAAAGACAUAAAGAGUCCGGAGGAACGGAAAACACAGGGGACAGUGAUGGAGAAUCGGUUCCUAACUUCCCACAAGCAGCGGUUGGGGGAGGUGAGACAAAUAAUGGAGAGGAAUUUGCGGUGGCUGCGGCCGAUGAGCCGCUCCGAAAUGGUGACGUCGUAUGGGGAAAGGUCAUGGGAUUUCCAUGGUGGCCAGGACGAAUCUUGUCAAUAGGAGCAGAAGAUGAAACCUCGUCGGCAAAUGAUUCUGACAUGGCUCUGCUAAAUGGGGAAGCACAUGUUGCGUGGUUCGGGUCUUCCACGUCAUCGAGAAUCCUGACCUCCAGCCUGGCUCCGUUUUUGCGUGACUUUAAACUGAGAUAUAACCGCAGGAAAAGGGGACCGUACAAAGAAGCAAUACGACAGGCAACUCAGGAAGCUAAAGCUAAAACCAGAACGGGAUAGGUGCACGCGCUUUGCAGUAGUAUGCGGCAGAUUAACGCCUGACUUAGUAGAGACUAUCACAUAGCCAAUUCUCAGAGCAGCAAUGUCCGUUAGAGUGAUUUAGUGACGGCUAUCUGUGCCGCUCUUCUAAAAACGCACUUAGCCUGAGAAAAUUACUCGUGGAGUGAUUUUAAGUUAGAGAGUUUGUACAAUAUUAAUCCCACAGUUGCUUUUAAUAUCGGCAGGAUCUUAACGCCAAAUCCACUGAUUAUAACAGUGAUAGCUCAGUCACAUACGGUAGCAAAAAAACAAACUAAUAAAAUAAGAAACAACAACGAGAAGUACUGCCGUUAAUGGCUUCCCUUGCUAGUCACUAGAACGUCAACCACUUGCGCAUUUAGCACAUAAAGAAAACAAGAACGAAACCGCAUCAAGAACCAUAAAGCGAAAAGAGCAUCUCCUACAAUAUAAAAAAAAAUAGAAACUGAAUCAAAAGCGUACACUACGGGCGCAGGCUUACACGAAUGGAAGAGCGACACGGGCAAACGAAAGCGUGUUCAUAGACGAUUAGGGCAUGACAUAAGAAGUUUAUGGUUGCACAGCGAGUUGUGGGUCACUAAGGAUAAUAUUAUCGUAUACAAUUAACUAGGGCAUUAUAAUCGGAGGUGAUCGCACUAGUUAUUAUUACGAGGCGUAGCCAUGUAAGACACCUACGAUUUUGUUAUUAUUGCCAUAACUUACACUACGUUGCAUUAUUGUAGCAGUUAUCGAUGUGUAAGUCUUUGCUUGGCAAUCUAGGACCCUGCCCAUUUGAUAUGCGGGGAAUAUCGAAGAAAGUGAGUACUACUAAUGUUGUGAAUCUGUUACGUUUGUUUAGGAUUCUUUGUUUAAUUUUGCUUGCGGGCUAUCAAACUCACGGAAGGAAAGGGGCAAUCGAAUUGUUAGAGUUCGCGUUGUCUUUUAUUUUUAUUAUAAUAUUAU